AUGGACUGGUUUGAUCUAGAAGCCAAACGAUACACACCUCUCGACGUCGUGGAAGAUUUGACAGAAUGGAAAGAAACUUUGCGAAGUUUUAAUAAUACCAGGUUGAUACCUUGCCAGGAAGCGACAGACAUAGGAUGGGUAGGCGACGCGUCGACUAGUUUUGGAGUAGGGGUGAUAAUCGGUAAACACUGGAGUCAACUCAGAAUUCUUAGACAACGUGCCGGAAACGCACCGAAACGUAAUAUCGCAUGGUUGGAAACUGUAGCAGUCAGGGUUGGCUUGAUUAUGCUUCAUGUGAUGGGACGGAUUCGCAAAGGGUCCAACUUAUUGGUUUGGACAGAUAAUACAACUACCGAAUCCGUUAUAGAAAAACGGAAAUCAGGGGACAAACAUGUCAACAAUGAGUGGAAGGCGAUACAGAAAUUUUUAAUCAAUGAAGAAGUGGACCUGACAGCGAAAAGGGUCAAAUCAGCCAACAAUAUCGCCGACAAUCUGUCACGAGGGUCGUCGGGCAACCUGAGACAGGAAAACAGGGUCCUGUUCGAGAUUCCUGCCAAAUGGAAAUUGUAUCUUUGUCAUGCUUAG